CUGGUCUCUGAUCUCUGCAGCCGGCCGGAGCUGCGAGAGCCCAGCGGCGGCGGCCGCGGCUCCUUCUUGCUCCCCUCGGCCGGGGCGUCCUCGGCGGCAGUGCUCGGAGCACUCUGCUCGUCCAGGCAGGCGACACGCCAAUGCUUUUAGCAAUGUCCCUGCCUCUAACUCAGAAGCCAUGGAGGAAAUAAGGUAGCCCCCGUCCCUGGAUCGGAUCGGAUGGGGAAGCCCAGUUCAAUGGAUGCAAAAUAUAAGGAUGACUUAUUUCGGAAGUACGUGCAGUUCCAUGAAGGCAAAGUGGACACCACCCCCAGCAAGCAGCGGCCUGGCAGUGAUGAGUCCCUGCGGGUGGCAGCCUCGACCCUGCUCAGCCUGCACAAGGUGGAUCCCUUUUAUCGAUUCCGGCUGAUCCAGUUCUAUGAGGUGGUGGAGAGCUCCCUGCGCUCGCUGAGCUCCUCCAGUCUGCGGGCUCUGCACUGUGCCUUCAGUGUGCUCGAAACGGUGGGUGUCAACCUUUUCCUCUACCCGUGGAAGAAGGAAUUCAGAAGCAUCAAGACCUACACGGGCCCCUUUGUUUAUUACGUCAAGUCCACAUUACUGGAAGAGGACAUCCGAGCCAUCCUGAAUUACAUGGGCUACGUGCCCGAGUUGGGGACUGCGUACAAGCUCAAAGAGCUGGUAGAGACCCUCCAGGUGAAGAUGGUCUCCUUUGAACUCUUUCUGGCCAAGGUGGAGUGUGAACAGAUGCUGGAAAUCCACUCCCAAGUCAAGGACAAAGGCUACUCUGAGCUGGACGUGGUGAGCGAGCGCAAGAGCAGCGCUGAGGACGUGCGCGGCUGCUCAGAUGCCCUGCGGCGGCGGGCCGAGGGCCGGGAACACCUGACGACUUCCAUGGCCCGCGUGGUGCUGCAGAAGUCGGCCAGCGAGCGGGCGGCCAAGGACUACUACAAGCCCCGUGUGACCAAGCCCUCAAGGUCGGUGGACACCUAUGACAGUUACUGGGAGAGCCGGAAGCCGCCCCUGAAGGCCUCGUUGAGCCUGCGGAAGGAGCCUGUGACAGCAGACUUGGGGGACGACCUCAAGGACGAGAUCAUCCGCCCGUCCCCCUCACUCCUGACCAUGUCUAGCUCCCCCCACGGCAGCCCAGAUGACCUGCCGUCCCCCUCCCCCAGCAAUGGCCUUGGCUUGCUGCGUGGCACGUACUUCUCCGCUCAGGAGGAUGUGGAUCUGUACACAGACUCGGAGCCCAGGGCCACAUACCGGAGGCAGGAUGCCCUGCGGCCCGAUGUCUGGCUGGUCAGAAAUGACGCCCACCCCACCUACCACAAGCGCUCGCCCCCCGCCAAAGAGUCCGCCCUCUCCAAGUGCCAAAACUGCGGUCUGUCCUGCAGCUCCUCCCUCUGCCAGCGCUGCGACAGCCUGCUCGCCUGCUCCCCGGCCUCCAAGCCCGGCAGCUUCCCUGGCAAGGCCUCUGCCCACGACAGCCUGGCCCACGGGUCGUCUCUGCGGGAGAAGUAUGCAGGCCAGACGCAGGGCCUCGACCGGCCGCCGCACCUCCACUCGAAAUCCAAGCCCGCCCCUGCAGCCGCCUCCCGCUGUGGCUUCUGUGACCGCCCGGGGGCCGCCAACACCUGCACCCAGUGUUCGAAAGCCUCCUGCGACGCCUGCCUCAGCAGCUACCAUUACGACCCCUGCUGCAAAAAGAGCGAGCUGCACAAGUUCAUCCCCAACAACCAGCUGAACUACAAGUCCACCCAGUUCUCCCAUCUCGUGUACAGAUAGACUCGACCUUGCACCUCCCUGCUACAAGGGCUACACCACUGACCUUUCUGGUUUCAUGGGGAAGAAAUGUUAACGCGUUGAUUUCAGAAGCAGAGGCCUGCACUUGCCCACGUGGUUGUUGGGGGGCGGAUCCUGCGGCCGGCUGCCCCACGAGGGAGUUCCCAUAUCGACUCAGAUAUGUCAGCUGUUGGCUGCUUUGCCACCUGGCGAGAGAGACCGUGGCACUUGCGUUCAGAUUCACUUUUGCUAAUCACUCUGUUCCGCUCUUUUGUUUUUGUCUCUCAAAGAGGAUUCCUAUCUCUGGGACUCUUGCCAUGCCGACCGCUCCCACGGCAAAGCCAGCUUGGACUGGGAAGGGCCCUCCAGGUCCCCUCCGAACGCCCACCUGGAGUGGUGAGCUAGAGGCCUGUUGGCUUGUGAAAUGAGCCCUCCUGCCACACCGGGCCUCAUCCACUGGCUCAUCCCUCCACCACCGUUUCCCAAACACGAGGAUCCCCGGCGGCAGCCCCCCACCCAACUUCCCUGCCUCUCCACGUAUCGAAGGUGACCCAAGUCCAGCAUUCGCUUAAUGUCAUCCUGUUGCCUCCACGGCUCAGUUCAGCCUUGGGGUUUGGGAAGUUGGCUCUAGCGCUCCGAAGGGUGGACCUUCCACACUGGGACUGACUUUUCCCCCCUUUCUGUUGUUUGCACAUGCCUCUCUUACUCUACUGUAAAUAGAUAUUUUUGAGAUUUAUUUUUAAAUAAAUAUUCAACUUGC